AUGCUGGUCCCUCUCCGGCACAGCGUCCCGAUCCGCCUCAACAGUGCUACUCCGCUCCUGAUCGAACUUAUCCUGCGCCGCGGCAGGCUGGUCUCUCCCGCCAUCAACAUUACUCGGCUUGCUCGGCGUAGGCGCAUCACCGCUCUGCGCGCCCUCAUCAGGGAACAGAUCCUUAUCCGCCUCCUCGCGCUCCUUCCGCGCGAGCUGGCCCGUGCGCAUAUCGUGCCCGUGCUGGACGAGGGACGGGUCGUGCUUGACUUUGCCUAUCACCUCCUCUUUCAGGCCGGAGACUUUCGUGCCGGUGGACUGUUCGCCGAACUGAUCUGCGUCUCUCUCACACUUAAGACACUAUGUACUCUUCACGCUCUAUUCUCGGCUCCUCUCGCUCUCCCAACAUCGCCACGCCUGCCAGCCAGGUCCGGCCCUACGCAAACGCAUACACAGCGCAUAACCAAGCCAAUCCUUCCUAACACCAACAACCACUACGCACCGGGCGGCAAAGAAAAUCGCCCAGCCAUACCCCAUCAAACCACCACUCACAAGCAAACCACCUCUCCCACACAGCGCGUCCCGAGCCUAUAUAACCCACUCCUGGACUACGACUCCGAUAACAGCGUCUCUGACUCCCCUCGCACUCGUACACACGCAAUGUCUACUAUGAACUACGAUCAACGCGUGCAACAGGAGAUGGCGAGGCAUGAGUGUAUGCUCGUUCGCAUUGGGCGCAUCCGGCGUCCGCUGCCGCGGCGCGUUACUACGCCGAAGCCCGCUUUGCAGUACCAGUACCAGUAUACGCCUCAGCCUCAGCCUCAGUAUCCGUCUCAGCCUCAGUACCCUCCUCAGCCUCAGUACCCACCUCAGUACUCUUCUCAAUACGCUGAACGUGGUUGGCCUACGUCUUACACACCCGGCGCGCCGCUUCCUGUACCGGCACCAGCGCCUUCAUGGGCCCAUACCCCACCGCCGCCGGGGCCACCAACGUACCUCCCCUUCCCCGUCCCCAUCGGCUACUUCCACGCCAACAACAUCAACACCAUCCAACCCGUCCAACCCACAUACCCCACGACCACCACCGACCAAGCCUCCUGGAUCCGCACGAUGGACGAACUCGACAACCAGCACCUCCGAGACGUCUCCUCCGACUACCGGUCCUGGCGCGCUGAGCAGUUCCGGGCGCGCUUCCUUGCGAUGGAGCAAGAGAGGAGGAUGAAGAGGGAGAGGGAGGAGGCGCAUAGGGAGGAGCUGAGGGCUAUUUUAGGGGGGGUGUUGCCGGGCGCUUUGAUCAAGAAGAAGGACGAGGAGCAGGAGGGGGAGGGGGAGGGGGAGG